AGGAAAUAUUACCACAAAUUGCUCUGUUAUACCUCGCUUAGUGGCAGGUGCCCAUUCUGCUCAACCCCAACGAGAUUCGAGUAAACAUGAGUAGUAAUGCUACGGCUGACAGCAAUGAAGCGAGCUCAGGCCUGAGAGGCCAUAAGCACUCCGCUCAAGAUGCUGUUCUGGAUGAUGAACCAAAUAGAGCGAAACGGCGACGCAGCGAAACAUUUGCCACCGGCAUUUGCGGGGCGGCGCUUCAGCCCAAGAACCCCAUCAGCGUCCUGAACGAUACCCUGCCCGGGCUCGUGUACAGGGUUGUGGAGCAGAGUGCCCCUACCUGCACUGUAGCCGUCAUCGUGAGUGCAUACACUUUACAAACGAUGAAUGACGUGGAGUACCGUGGUACGGGAAGAAGUAAGAAGCAGGCCAAAUGCAACGCAGCGAUCGCCGCCCUCGCUUCCUUCAUUCUGCGCCCUCCCGUUUCUGACGUCACUCAGCUAGUGGCACGCUAUCAUGGCAACACUGGUACGCCGGAUUUCACUGAGGACGUCUGCGCUGAGAAAUUUGAACCCUACGACGCACGUACCUCGACUCACAGAGUCGUCUACACGGAUUCGAGCGUGACUCCGGUGAACUCAAUGACGGCACAAGACCGAAACUAUGAAGCCGUGCCAGUCACAAAUGCCAGCAAGUUGGACCAGGCUAACCAGGCUCCAAGUGUGAGCAAGUUCUUCAAUGGGCUCACCGUCAUUGGAAAGAACCAUAUUAAGGUGCUGAAAAAUAUGAAUCUCCUGAUGCCCCAGACUGCCGCUGAUAUGGUUGCCGAACUCGUGGGCGAAAAAUUCAUGACGCUGACCAACAACAACUCGACCAUUGCUAAAGGCAGGGUACUGGCGGGCAUCGUGGUCACGGACGACGAAGAUUGUGAUGCCACAUUCAUCCUGAGUGUCAGCACUGGCGCCAAGUGUGUCAAUGGCAAAAGAUUGAGCCUUAACGGCCUGUGCAUCAACGACUGCCACGCUGAAAUUGUAUCCAGACGAUGCCUUGUUCACUUCCUCCUGGCCCAGUUGGAGCUCUAUCAUGCAAUCAUAAGUGACGAGAUGCCGCCAGGCGCUUCUUGUAUGAUUGAACAAGUACCCGACGACUCUGAGUUUAGACAACUCCUGAAGGUGAAGGACCGCUACAAGUUCCACCUAUACAUCAGCACAGCUCCUUGUGGGGACGCCAGAAUCUUCUCCCCCCACGAGGAAAAAGCCGAAGUCGCGGAUCCUCACCCCAACAGGCCUAGUCGCGGUCUUCUUAGGACCAAGAUUCAGUCCGGUGACGGCCCAAUACCUAUUAAGGUGGAGAGCGUGCAGUCCUGGGAUAGCGUGAUGCGGGGCGAGCGUCUGCGCACGAUGUCGUGUUCGGACAAGUUGGCGCGCUGGAACGUGCUGGGGGUGCAGGGCGCGAUGCUCUCACACUACCUCAUGCCCGUCUACCUCGAGUCCAUCGUGCUGGGGUCGCUCUUCAACGCCUCGGACAUGUGCAGAGCGUUAUAUGGGCGCUUUGAAAACCAUCUUGAAGGACUACCUAAGCCGUUCAUGAUGCACAAGCCCAAGAUGAACCAAGGAAGCAGCGCCGAGAAAAGGAAUCCUCAGAAAGCGUCGUCGCUUUCUUUAAACUGGGACUGCGUGACGGACAACCUUGAAAUCUUGCACGCCGCGACAGGCAAAUUGGAAACGCAACACCCUUCCCGGCUGUGCAAGCGUAGCCUCCUGAAGAGGUUCCUGAAGCUGGUGCAAAGAAUGCCUCCUGGCUCAGGCCUUACAUUCGCAGAGGACGCUCACUCUUCCUACAAUAUCAUCAAAGCUAAGGCUGAAAAGUAUCAGGAGAGCAAGCGCAUCCUCGUCCAGGGCUUCCAGCAAGCAGGCUGUGGGACGUGGAUCAAGAAGCCUUAUGAACAGGGAGACUUCUACUUGCCUUCCAGUGAGCUCACUUCAAUUACUGACGCCGCCAAGACUCUCAUUACUAAAACUACUUAGGGUGCGCUGCCUAGUAGCGACGUCGUAGUCUUAAAUUAUGUGUUCUUUUUUAAAACAAAUGACUCGUUUAUCUAGAGCUGUAAUAGGAUUACUAUAAAAAUAUUUACGCUCUUUUCAAGAAGCAAGAGAGGAGAUUUCGAUCUUUUAUUAUGUUAACAAUUUUAGUCUUUAUGAACUGAAUAUAGAGCAAUCAAAUCGUAUUAUUCUCAGUGGCCAUUUUAUUCCACGAUAUUCCUAUAAUGCGUGUGGGUCAAAAAUAUUUACCACCUGAGUUUGUUGGGUGCCUUUCUCAUUCAAGGCGACUCGUGUUAAAUUUUUUACAAUCGCAGCUCAAUUGCGAGCGGAAAUGUUCCUCCUAUCUUCCUUGUUCGGGCAACGAUUUUUUGAGAUGUUUGCUUCGGGAUCAAAUCCUGACCAUUCAUAUGUUAUUUUAUUAGAACAGAUUAAAUUGCUGUGCGGGUGAAUCUGUUCCACCAACUACUCUGAUGGCCGAGCUAUCAUAUUAUUUUUGUUCUUCAAGGGAUUUCGCAGGUUUGACUUUAAUUUGCAAGGGUUUGACUUUAAUAUGCAAGGGCUUUGAUUUUAAUUUGCAAGGGGUUUCGCUGGUUUGAUUUGAUUUUAAUUUUACUCAAUGAUAUAUUAUCAAUCUAAGAUGUCUUGCUUCAGUCAGAAAUUCAUUUCUCGAUUGUUGUCAUUAGUUUUUACCCAGUUGGCAUCGCUGUGGGUGAUUUAAAAAUAAUCUUCAUGUCUGUCAAAAUUAUAGUGCGUACGAUUCUAACUGCCCAUUUACAGCGUAGGAAACUUUUAUUAAUUAUCAUUUUUGCACUGCAAGACUCAUCAAGCCA